CCCUCGCCGGAAGUGACGUUUCGAGGGGCGGGGCGAUGGCGGCGGGGAUCGGACGGCAGGGCCUGGCGGGGGCUCUGCGGGCGCUGCGGGUGUCGCGGCCGCGGGAGCAGCUGCUGUUGGUGGAGCUGAACCGACCGGACAAGAGGAACGCCAUGUGCUCCGCCUUCUGGAGGGAGAUGGUGGAAUGCUUCCAGGACAUCGCUCAGGACUCCUCGACUCGCGCCGUUGUCAUCGCCGGAGCCGGAAGCGUCUUCACUGCCGGGAUCGACCUCUCGGACUUGGGUCGGGAGUUUCUGGCUGUGGAGGGCGAGGACACGGCUCGGAGAGCCUGGAAACUGCGCCAGAAGAUCCAGGAGUUCCAGGAGACCUUCUCGGUGCUGGAGAAGUGCCCGAAGCCCGUGAUCGCGGCUGUGCACGGAGCCUGUAUCGGAGCCGGAGUUGACCUCAUCUCUGCCUGUGACAUCCGCUACUGCAGUGAGGACGCCUGGUUCCAGGUGAAGGAGGUGGACAUUGGGCUGGCGGCCGACGUGGGCACUCUCCAGCGUCUCCCCAAGAUCCUGGGCAGCCAGAGCCUCGUCAACGAGUUGGCCUUCACGGCGCGGAAGCUCCUGGCUCCGGAGGCUCUGACGUGCGGGCUGGUCAGCCGAGUCUUCCCGGACAAGGAGACGCUGUUGGACGGAGCUUUGGACUUGGCCUCGGCCAUCGCCGCCCGCAGCCCCGUGGCCGUGCAGGGCACCAAAGUCAACCUGCUCUUCUCCAGGGACCACCCCGUUUCCGAUGGGCUCCGCUUCAUGGCGACGUGGAACAUGGCGAUGCUGCAGACUGAGGAUGUGCUGAAGUCGGCGCAGGCGGCGCUGGAGAAACGCGGCCCCGAGAGCGUCACCUUCGCCAAACUCUAAACGGGCCGUGAGGAGCCCGGGCGGCCGCACCA